UGCGAUUUCUAGACGGUUUUUCGCCGUUUUUUCGGAGAUUUUUGACGAAAAAUGGAGAAUUUCGACGGAAAAUCGAUGCCGCCAACUCCGGUGCCAAUCGGAUCAAGUCAGUUCUACCGCUGGAUGCCGCACCCGAUCGUCGAUACACCACCGUCAGAUGCUACGUGGCGCAAACCGGUGCCACGCGGCCGAAUUCGUGAUCUCGUCGCCGCGUUCGAUCAGUGCUCCGGCAUGCUGGAGCAGAAGCCCCCACCUCCGCCCACGCAAAGGGUUGAAAGUCUUGAAAAUGAACACAUUGCUCCACCGCCAACUUCAAAAUCCUCCAAAAUUCCGGAAAUUCUCGCCAAAAAAUCGGAAAAAUACAUCUCACCGUACGAAAAACGUCAUUUUCAUGGUCGUCGUGGCACCCAGGCUGUCGUUUUUAAUUCGAAUAAUGCUCAAAAUGCUCCAAAUGUGGGCGGAGCCUAUCCAUAUGGAGCCACACCGUUGAAAUUGCGAAAUUUGGCCCAAAAAAUGGAUAAAGAGGAGCUCUACGUGGCUGAUGACGUUGGAAUUUCCAAAAAAUCUGAAAAUUUCGAAAAUUCCGAUGAUGACGUGGCAAAUUUCCAAGAGCUUCUGGUGCUGGAUGAGGUGCUGGAAAAUGCUGAAAAUUCUGAAAAUCUGGAAUCCCAGCAGUACGACGAGGAGAGCACCCUAAACCGAACAUUUCAAGAUUCUGGAGUUCCAGAAAAUCAGGAAAAUCUUCUCCAGCUCCCUGAGUGCCCAAAAACGCCGAAAUUCACGAGUUCGCCCACGCUUUUCACACCGUAUGCCGCUGGAGAGCCCAUCGUUGAAUAUCGAUGCUCGUCGGGCUCCGCGGGGGGUCCACUCAAAAUUGUUGUGAAGAAGCUUCAGGCACCGAUUGCACUUGCCACUUCGACACCGAAACCCGCAAUGUGUCGGCCGCCGAAACACUCGGAACCACCACCGGCUUUUCAGGAUUCCUUCGUGAGCUCAAUCAGUAACUGGUCGGCAGUAGAUCAUCACGCGACGGAUUCGCGCCGUCAAAUGAACCGCCUACUCAAUUCAAUCGAUGAAACUCGACAUCACAUUUUGCUCGCCGAGCACUCACUACUUGAAGCCCAAAAAUCGAAAUGUCCAAUGCAAGAACUCGCGUCGCAACGGGUUUUGCUAAUUUGUAGAGAACGGUUGAAAGUUCAAUUGGAAGAAGUUCGGAGGCUUCAGGCAAUGACUGUUGUCAGGCAUCCACCACCACCGAUUAAUCGACAUUUUAAAUCGACUAUGGUCAUUUCGAAUAUUUCGCUUCAGUUUAAUAAGCAUUUCCAUAGUCGCGGCUCUUACGCUUUCCUUGUGCUCCUCAAAUGCCGUACAGAAGUCGAGGCAACCGGUGUCGUUACCCUUUUGGCUCAAUUCCAAACUCCGCAAAAUUUCAUUCUUUUCGGUGAACACUUGCGUUUUUCCAAUCUUCCCGUCGAUUUUACCAUUGGAAUGGAGAUUUAUAUGAUGCGAGUUCCCGAGCACCGACCACCUGAGAAGACGUGCGCCGCGUUUUUGGCACAAAAAGUGCGGAAUUUGCUGGUGCCGAGCAAUGCCGCUCACCGCCGCCCGACUACCUCCACGCCACAAAAAUCGAUACAAAAUGCCACGUCACCUGCGUGUGACUUCCAACUUUGCGGAAAUUUAACGUUGGACCGCGAUUCGUCGGGCGAUAACCGCCGCUUCUAUUUGGAUGACGUCAUUUAUCCGCUGGAGGGAACUGUGAAGCUCAAUUCACACUGCACAUCACUUCCUGAUGCAAUUGAUAUGGAAUAUCGAGGAUUUCUUCAUAUUUUACACGAUUCUGCAAGUCCUUUGGAGAGAGCAAAAAAAGUCCCAAUUUGGCACAAAUACUGGUCACUUCUUCAUCGCGGAGCCAUUUUGUUCUGGAGCACUCCACAAGAGGAAGUUCACGAAAAAGUCCCAAUUUUCCAGAUUGAUUUGACAAAAUGCACGAAUAAUUCGAUUGAGGAGAGCCGUGAAAUGAGCCAAGGAGCCGAGCACGAAUUUCAUAUCGAGUUGCUCAUCGAUCAGGACCCUGAUUUGAUUGAAAAACGACGUGUAAUCCUGGCCGCCGAAUCGUCGGAUCACUUGAAUUCGUGGCUCAGCGCAAUCAACGAUACACUCGACAUUUUGAGAUCCUAAAUUUAAUUAUUUUUUCUUUGCUAACUUCUUUGUCUGCCUACCUACCUGCCUACUUAUUAUAUAUCUGCAUCAUUGUUUUUUUUGUUUCGAAGAAUUUGAGUUUCCCGCCUCCAAUAAUCAUUUAAUGAUCUUUUUUCCUGCAUUUGUUUUUUUUUUCCGAACUGUUUUCAUGAAUUUUUGAUGUUCCG